CUCCCCACGUAACCCCUUCCUCAUAGCUCCGCCCCAGUCCCGCCCAGAUCUCUUCACAGCCCCUCCCCACUCAUCCCUCCCCUCCCAGCUCCGCCCAUACCGCGCACAGCCAGUCCCCUCCCCUCAAGGCUCCGCCCACGACCCUCCCCUUUCUCGGGCCCAUCCCUUCACAGCUCCUCCCCUCACCACAGAGUCCCUCCAAACCACUUGGCUAUCGCACCCGGGCCGUGGUACAGAGCGGCCUCCUCCUAGUCGCCUCUCCGCCCUGACAACCUCUUCUUGCUGUCCUAGAACGUCCUCUUCGUCCAGGCCCCGCCCCCCCCCACCCGCCGCUCUAGCCUCCGCUCCUCUCGUUGGUUCGCGCCCGGACAGCGCCGGGAGGAAGCCGGAGACCCGGCGGCAGCCGGCGGGUGGCAGGGUGGCAGGGUGGCAGGGUGGCGGGCGACGCCAAUCUACAGCUCGCCCCUGGGGUGGGGCCUCGCAGCUCAGCCAGCGCUGACGGCCUGCGCCCUAGCUCCUUCCAGGCCAGGUUCUGAAAACGGCGCUUCCCAGAGCGCAGAGACCAGGCCGAGUGGGCCUGCGCGCCAACUCUCCCCGAGGUCUGGCACCCCGACUUGGAUUCCAGGGCCCCAGAACUCACGUCUAACCAGUUGAAGAUCCCCUUCUGGUUUCACAUUUACUACCACCCGAGGUGGCAUGGCCCCCAAGCCGUGGAGUGAGUGGAGCACGACCCUGUCCCACCUAGCGCUGGGAGUGGUGUCUCUGCACGCAGCGGUGAGCACUGCCCAGGCAAGUCGAGGGGCCGCUGCUGGCUUCCUGCUCCAGGCCUUGGCCUCUGCCACCUUGCUGGCCCCAGGGCUGGGCACAGAUGAAGACGGUCUUGCUGCAGCCUGGGUGGCCACUGUCAUCGGCCUGCCCCUUCUGGCCUUCGAUUUCCACUGGGUGAAUGGGGACCGCUCCUCUGCCAACCUACUCCUGGGAGGAGGAAUGGUGCUGGCAGUGGCUGGUGACCACCUUGGUGCUGAGGGCCGUUCUGUAGCUGGUCAGGCAGUGGUGCUGGUGGUUGCAGUGACGAUCCUCAUUGUGGCUGUUUUCACGACCAACACUUAUGGAAUGUGGGGGGGCGCAAUGUUGGGGGCUGCAGGCCUCCUGAGCCGGCUGGAGGAGGACAAAGUUCUGCUGCUUCCAAAGGAGGAUGUCUGUCGCUGUGCCCUGGCUGCAGGCAGUUGGGCCUACCACCGAGCCCUGCACACACAGCGCCUGCAGUGGGAGUGAUGUUUGCAGACAGCAAGGUGGGGCUUCUGCCCUGGCUACCACCUUCGCCUCCCACAGGCCUGCUCCUAUGGGCCUCCUCCCCUAAGGAUGGACUCUCUUGCCUCCCAAAGAGAGCUUGCUGCACGGUGAUGGAUGCCUUGGCCAGGAGACAGAGUCUGGGCACUGUCCCUCCUCUGGCUGAGUUUGGGGACUCACCUAGACAAGAAUUAAGGAGAUGGGGCCCCAAGCACGUUUUGGGGCCUGAUGUCGGGCAGGCCAUGGUUUUGGAUUCAGAGAGAGGCUUGGUCUCCAAUAAACCUUAGGGAUUCAGCAGGAA